CAGAGGUGAGCGUUUCUCCACUUAGGAAAAUGCUGAUGAGCAGCUGUGGAUUUCUGAAACUUUUUAUCCCAACACUAACUUCAUUUUGAAAAACCAAGGAGAAGGAGAGCAGCUUGAGCAAUACUUACUUAUUAGUCUGAGAUAUUAAGAUGAGCGCAGACACGGUGGAGCAGUCGGACGCUCAAGCUGAUCAGGCAGAGCACAACGGGAUCGACUUCAAUCGACAGAUUAAGACCGAGGAUAUCAACGAUUUACAUCAUUCAGCCGCCACGCUGAAGACAUGUCCCCUCACACAGAGCUCUCCGAUGCCGGGAGGUCAGCUAACAGGGGAGCUCACCUCUCUCCACACCAUGCAGCAGCUGGUUCUGAUGCCACCGUCCCACCUGUCGUCCUCCUCCCCCUUCCUGCUGUCCCAGAGCCCCACCAGCCACCAAGCCCUUCUGCAGCAGAACCUGUUGUCACUCCAGGGUCAGGGUCAAAACAGUCUCCUCCAGCACCAGCCUGGACUGGCUCUGACUCCACAGGUUAUGAGUCGCUCUGGUCUGGCAGGACCGUCUAUGGAGAACCACAUGGACAUGUCCCACCUGCAGAUGCCCAAACACAUGUCAGUCCCACCGCAGGAUGAACCCAGUGAUCUGGAAGACCUGGAGCAGUUUGCAAAAGCAUUCAAACAGAGACGCAUCAAGCUGGGCUUCACUCAGGGAGAUGUGGGCCUUGCCAUGGGAAAACUGUACGGGAAUGACUUCAGCCAGACUACAAUUUCUCGCUUCGAGGCUCUCAACCUCAGCUUCAAAAACAUGUGCAAGCUCAAACCUCUGCUGGAAAAAUGGCUGAGCGACGCAGAGAACUCCCCCUCUGACUCGAUGAGCAACACCAGCUCUCUGCCUCCCCUGAUCGAGGGCUACGGGCGCAAACGGAAAAAGAGGACAAGCAUUGAAACAAACAUCAAGAUGACUUUGGAGAAACGUUUCCUUGAUAACCCCAAGCCGAACUCGGAGGAGAUCACCCUGAUCUCAGAGCAGCUGUCCAUGGAGAAGGAGGUGGUCCGGGUUUGGUUCUGUAAUCGGCGUCAGAAGGAGAAGAGGAUCUACUGCCCCGUGUCCAGUUUAUCGGUGAAGUCACACAGCUAUAACUCCAGAAUGGCGUCAGCUUCAAGAUCCUACAGUCCUCUGGCUUCAGGUGGAGUUUCAUCAAAUUCAUCUCCAAAUAGUGUAAGCCGUGGAGCGUCUCCUAACAGCCUGUCUGCAGCCUCAGUGUCAUUAGCGUCUCACGUCAACCCAGCUUCCUACAGCACAUCGGGGUCCUGGUACCGGGCAUGGAAUCCUGCCACCUACCAUCACUGAGACACUUGAACUGUAUCAUAUCAAGCCUUUGAAGCUUUUUUUUAUGUUUGUUUGAGAAGGAUGCCCACUUACACCCCAAGAUGUGACGGAGUAACACAACGUUCCCUGUUAUGAACAAGGUCACCACCUACAAGCUUUAAACCUUAAAGAGACGUACAAAAACAUAACAGCAGCACAAGCAGACGACUGCGACACACUGCUGUAAACACAGACGCUCAUACACGAGACCAAACGGCCUCGAGCUGUUUGAUUUGUGGUCAUGUGACUCUUUACACAAAACAUGAAGAACAGACAGAAAAACACAGAUAUUAUUCACACAGGUGGGAAUGUUAAAGCAUGUUUACCGUUUGGUUUUUAUAAAAGUUGAGGUUGAAAUAACCUGUUUGAAUGUUGAAGGAGUUAGGUUUAGAUUCACUCAUUGGUGUGCCAAGCUGUUCUUAACGCCACGUUUAUGCUUAGUUGUGUACUGCUAGCCUGUCUAAAUAAAUAAGCAGUCCAAACACUUAAUAAAUCUUUAAUCUGAACAUUCAUGACUGGUGCAAAAAGUACCUUAUUUUAUCUUCAAAGCAUAAAUCUUCAGGUGUAAAAACAUUUAUAACUUUAUAGAAUCAUCAGUCAUUUUCCUGAUGGUCUUGUUUGCUUUUGUAAGUCAUAUAGAGACGACAAUGUACAUUUGAGCUUGUUUCAUUGCCAGCUAAAAGCUCCUAAAAGGAGCUUAAGUUAAAAUUGUCAAAUUAGUCCAAUGUGUAUACGUAGCAUUCUACUUUUUCUGAUGCUUUCAAGAAUACUAGUUUGGAGCUCCCACUUUCAAUGACCAUCAUUAGAGUAUAAACUUAACUGCUGUUCUGAAAGGAGAAACAGAAAGAUGGGAACCCUGCUGUCAUACACUUCUCCCGUCAACACAACACUACAGUGUGGUCACAAUGUUUCUCUAAGAAUAUCUGGGUUUUUGUACAAAUUUAUUGUCUUGAUUGGAGGAAUUGUAAAGAUGUGGAUUAAAGUGCUUAUUUUCAGGGAGACUCUGGUCUUAGGAAAGAAUCAAGUGUCACAGCAUUAUGCAUCCUAAAAAUGAAAAAACUUGUUUAGUGAAUAGUGGAAGAAGAGAAUAGAGAUAGGUGUUAUGUCCACUUUGCACAUAGCAACAUUUGAGACUGCAGUGACAGUAAAAAUAACAGAAUAUCUCCUUUUCCUCUCCUGUGAUUGUGAAGAGAUGAGAGCAAAUGUCGAUCUCUACUAGUCCCAACCAGAGCUGAUGAUGGAAACUAUCUUUUGUUCACUUUUCUCCUGAUGGUUCCUGAUAAAGAUUAGAUGUCAGAAUACUUUGAAAAGUUUGUUUGUUAUUGGACCUUUUAUUUAAAUCUGUUUUUUUUUUAUCCAUUGUAUAUUUUAUGUACCGUAAUUUCAGACGUUUGCAGUGGUACCAAAGUCUUUCGUUCUAAGGUGUUACAGCAGGUACUUCUUAAUGUUAAUGACUUUUUACUGAUGUCAUUAAAGCUGAAAGUGACUUCAUCCUCUAA